AUGGAAAAGUAUAAGGUCCAAGUUAAAAUAAUUUAAAGAUUAAUUUUAUUAUGCUUGAGAAUCUUAAAUGUUUAAAAUAGUAGAGCAAGAAAUAAUACUAAUUAAAAAUAUCUUUAGAAGCUUUUAGUCAUAAAAAAUAGAAACAUUUUUUAUAGAAUUAAGAUUUCAAUUCUUUUUUUAUGGUUAAAUAGAAGCAUUAGUAAAUUCCUUCGAUUUUGCUAUGUAGUAAUGUCUUUAGAAAAAUGUUUUUAGCAUCUUUAUAAUUUUUACUGUCAUAUUUUUUGGUUUACUUAUGCUAGCAUAAAUUUCUUUGUGUAAUAAUUGCAGCAGGAGUAGAAAUAAAAGUAUGGCAAUCAACUUUAUUCAUAUGUUAAAAGCAUUUCUUUAAAUUCAAUAUUAUAUUCCUUCUUACUAACUUAAUUGCUGACUUACUUACUUACUUACUUAGUAACCAAUAAUAAUAAUAAUCACAUAAUUAUAAUGUUAAUAAAGAAUUUUUGUGAAAUCAAUAUAAACCUAACAAUAUACAUAAUAAAAUAUAAUGGCUAAAUAAAUAUAAAUAAAUAAAUAAAUAGCUAUUUGCUGAUUUUUCUUUUAGAUUUACAGAAUUAAUUACCAUGCAAUAACUUUCUAAAAUAGAAGUAAAAAAUAUAUUGGUAAUAUAUUAACCAAAAUUUUAAUAAAUUAAUAAGUAUGCUUUGA